UCACUUUAUCCGACGUUGACGGCGGCGUUCCUCGUCGUAGCGGCUCGCCAGAAAGGGGGCGAUUCUGGGCGCAUCUCGCCCUCGAGGAAACAGGUGUCCGGUCCGCCGUAUCUUCCGCCGUGCCACUCGGUGCUGUCCAAAAAAUUAUCACGAGAGAUGUGACAAGUAGAGAAAGCGUUGUACGUGAGAGAUAGAGUGAUACCGUUUAUGGCGACGACCGCUCGUGGCCCAUUAAUUAUAUUCCGAGCGGUAAUACGCUUCAUACGUCACGUCGCGUAACGACAAGAUCGAAUGUCGUGAACGGCGACUAUCUCUCUCUCUCUCUCUCUCUCUCUCUGUCGCACUUUCUGCCAAAUUGUUAAUUAAAUGUCUCAAAUCACGGUUACAUCGAGUGGGAUGGAACGCAGCAUCCACGAGAUGUUGAAAGAUGCACCGUCCUUGAAUGAAAGCGACAAUGCUGUACAUACCGGAACUCCUCCACCUCACGUGCCGAACAACUGUAGUGCGGACGGUCAUCCCAGACCAGCCACUAUAAAUUUGAGCCUAGGAAGCCCCACGUCGCAGAAUUAUAUCUGUGGUUUGGCAGCUGUGGCGGUCUCUCCGAGCACGCCCGUUCAGAAUGGCGAUACGCAGACUAUGCGCACCACCCAGAGCAAAAUCGAGAGUAUCAAGAACUGGAGCAUCUCCACGUACAAAUGCACCAAGCAAUUAAUGUACGAGAGACUAGGGAAAACAUCGCGUACCGUAGAUUUUGAACUGGAGACGCAGAUCGAACUGCUCAGAGACACUCAGAGAAAGUACUGCAACGUCCUGAGAUUAUCGCGCGCAUUGGCGUCGCAUUUCCACCACGUCGUGCAGACGCAGCACGCCCUCGGAGAAGCGUUUUCUGAGCUGGCGCAGAAAUCGCCCGAGCUGCAGGAGGAGUUUCUGUACAAUUCGGAGACGCAGAGGAAUUUGACGAAAAACGGCGAGACACUUUUAGGGGCCUUAAAUUUCUUCGUUUCCUCCGUGAACACGUUGUGCAACAAAACGAUCGAGGACACGCUGCUUACAGUGAGACAAUACGAAACCGCGAGGAUAGAAUACGACGCGUAUAGAACGGAUCUGGAGGCUCUCGUGCAAGCCACGAAGUCGGACGGUAGUAACGCGGCGAGAUUAGAAGAGGCGCAGGCCAAUUACGAAGGGCACAAGCAAAAUUUCGAGAAACUGCGCUCGGACGUUUCCAUCAAGCUGAAGUUCUUGGACGAGAACAGGAUCAAAGUGAUGCACAAGCAGUUGCUGUUAUUCCACAACGCCGUAUCCGCCUACUUUUCGGGGAAUCAAACCGCAUUGGAAGCAACUCUCAAACAGUUCAACAUCAAGGUGAAAUCGCCGAACUCGACUUUACCGUCAUGGCUGGAGCAGUAGUUCGACCAGAACAGACCGCUUCAUCGUCCGCUGCGAAGGAUAUGUGAAUACAACACAAGUGCGUUCGUCCACACCCGAGUUACCUCGAGUUGCGAGAAACGCGAAAAGUAAAGGUAGAGAACAGUCAUCAGAAACACAAACGAUUUACCGGUACACACUUGAGAGCUGCCGUCUUUUAGUCUGACACUUUAAUCGAGAUCGAGUGAGAAAGCGCGAGAGAGAGAGAGAGAGCGAGUUUCAUGAUGUAUAAACAGACUGAAUCCAUGUUACGGAAUAUCUAUCGUAAUGAUCAUUAUAGAUAUAUGAUACCUUCGAGACGUACAUCGUGUAUUAUAAAAUUAAUAAUUCUUUUAAAAGAAUCUCUAAAUGACUUAGUGAACGUUCGGAAAAUUGAUUUUCAAUGCUUAAAUACUUCGGAGAAAAAGAGGGAGAGAAAGACAGGUGAGGAGAGGCAAUAGAUAUUUAAUUUUUAUAUUUCUCUUAGAGAAGAGUUCCAAUGUAAAUACGUAAUGUAACGUAACACGAUAAAUGGAGCUUUCUAUUUUACAGCGUAUUUAGUGGCAUUGAUUGCUUGUUUAUAUCACACUUUACACACAUAAUAAAAGCAUAUAGCUUGAUAGUGACGGCUAUGUCCGAAAUCCUGUUAAGAGACUAAUCUUUGAAGGUUACAGCUCGCGCGUUGUUUUAUAAAAAUUGAAGCUUAAAGACUAUAUCGCUGAGUUACGUAAACUUAUUUCUUAUGUAUAACGAUGUAAUAAAUUAUAAUAUUAUGUAUUGCAAAUUAAUUUCUACUGAAAGCAAGGGAAAUGACAGGUUGCGCGAAUCUUAGUAGAAUGUUAAAAGUAAUCGUGUAUUAAAUGUACGUCAAGGAAACAUACAAUUGUAAUAUCAGAACAUUUUUCUUUUGUUACAAGUCUCAUAAGUAUUACGUUUCGUUUGUAUGGUGGAGAAUCAUGAGUAUUAUCUCGUACAAUUUAUUACUCAGUUUCUUUGAAUUUAUGCGCGUGUGUGCAUUCUAAUAUGUAUCGUAUAGUUUAAUUUAUAUAUAAUUUAUGCUUUUUUAUAUUUGAACUUUAUAAUUUAUGAAAAUUGCUUCCGAUAUAAAUGUUCUCGACAUUUUUGUGAUAAAUAUGUUAUGAUUGAAGGUGUAUAUUAGUUAUUGUUACUGUUAGAUACAGCUUUAUAUAAUAUAUACUACACACACACACAAAGAGUCGAGUCUGUUUCUUCUAUAAAUGAAUUAUGGCAAGUACUAUAAAAGAACACAAAUAUCAUGGCAUCGAUGAUAUCUUCUUCGAAAAACUUAUACUCACUUUCCAAACUCAACUUUAUACAGAGGCAAAACAUCGCGAAGAACAACUAGUCACUGUUUUACUUAAGUAUAUGUUUCCAAAAUUGUAAGAAUAGAAAGAUAAUGAUAACGUACUACCGAUUUUAGAUGUAUAAGUUUGAAUGCUUGCGCUUGUGUAUCCCCUACAGUGAGAACAUGAUAUAGUUUACGCCACAGUUGCAUCACCGAUUUAAAAUUUACUCGGAAGAUCUCGGAAACCUUAAAAAGUAUUUUUUAGUAGGAAGUGAUGGCACUUCUGAUAACGAUCGCUGUCACUUAUUACUUGCCAUGAUAGUGAUAACCAUUUGCAACUAGCUAUCCUUAACGAACAAAUAAAUUAAUUCGUAGCGAUAUAAUAUUACAAGGAGCUGUGUUUGUAUAUUCACUUGCAGUACUGAGAAUCUAGAAUAUACAUAACAUGAACUGUAGAUUUUCAGUAUACCGGCAAUGAAUAUGUAAGGACGCAGGCAAGUGUUGCAUCACCGAGAUUGUGAAGUUGAUUCUUCCAGGGUGUGUAUAUGAUAUUUAGUAAAGGCAUUUCACGUGUGUGUAUGGUGAAUGUAUACGAAGUAAAUGUACAUGAUAUCAAAUAGUCAUGGAAAAAUUCAGCAGAUUCUUUCUCAUUUUACGCUUGCAUCCGUUAUCCGGGGAAUAAUAGCCAAUAGCAAUACGGAAUAUUUGAUAACUCCGGCCUUCAGUGUGUAUAAUAAAAUACUGCAUUGGUACGUGUACAUAUAUGUUUCUUUAUGUACGUGAGAAUUUCGAGAGGGUAUUACCCCUUCUUUUUUAAUUCAUACAGUUUGCUACACGGCUGAAUUACAUUCCGUAGAACAACUCUCGAUCAUUUCUGAGUUCUGUAUCUCUAUAAAACAGGACUUGAUAUUUUUUAGCCAGUCUUAUACAAAAAAAAAAACUGUUAUUUCCAUUAUAAAUUAAGUAUGUACAAUAAAGCACUUAAUUAUUUGAGUAAUAUGUAGCAGAUGAGAAAUAUUAUGUUCCUAACUAUGAUGUUAUCGUGUGUGUAUAUUAUGUGUAUACAAGUUCUUAACAAUAAAUGAACACUUAUAUAAAUA